UCCGUUGCUGGCUAUCGUCGCCAUCAGAUAACUGAAAGCCCUUCGUCUUUCGGUCGGCAUUGGUGUUCUCGUCCCGUCGUAAUCAAAGUGUCAACAAUUCGUUUAUCAUAUUUCAAUGAGACAAAAACGGUACAAAUUUUACCGUCGCCACUGCUGCUUGUAGUUUCUUCAUUUGUAAGAGUCGCAGUUUGUCAGUGAAACCAGUCGGAACCACUCGAACGGAUCGCUUCCGAGCGGAAUAAACGAGGAUAAUUUUGUUUUUUUUCUGGUUUUUCUGGUCACGAAGAACAGUUUCUGGAAUUUUAUUUGGAGAUUAAAAAUGUAGCACCAUGAAGUACCAGCAGUGCGUAAUUGAUCUCGCAAUCGUAACAGUUACGAUUCCAUCACUAGUCGUUGUAGCGCUGCUGUUGGAGUAUACGAUGAACCAAACCGAAUGGUCAGAUCAACUGAAUUCCCAGAUCAUUGUGCUGUGUCUGGCGGUGGCCUUUUUUGUGAUCUGCAUCAUGAUUACGCUGUACCUCACGCACCGAGUUGGAACCUGCAUGUGGACCGGUCCGAUGCCCAUCGAUCAGCUGUCAAUUUAUACCGUUGAGCAAUGUUUGCAAAGUGGACCACCACCGGACUACGAUACAACCCUAUUGGAACCGCCAUCCUACGAAAAGUUGGACAAAUAUCUGCUUGCCAUUGACGAGCUACCUCCGUCGUACGCAGAAUCGGUGGCGUCCUUGGAGGGAGCUCAUAUCUGAUAAGAAAAAACGAUUCGAAUGCGGCAUUUGGUGCAAAGUCUCGAAGUCGUAUGCAAAUCAGUGACGUUAGGUGAGCUCUAGCGAAGAAAUAAACGAGAUUGUUUACGCA